AUGUCGCCAACGCCUGCGGAAAGAGGUGCCCGAUAUGCGCCGGUGGGCAGGAGGACGUCCACGAGAUUGGCCCAGCGCAGCCAGCCCUCGCAAUACCGGAAUCUCGAUGACAGCUCUGAUGAUGAAGUGCUCAGUCCUAUGAAGCUGAGCGCCAUCACCAAAGCAUUACUCGGCGGCGGUCACGUUUCCGAUGCGUCAUCGACCAACGCGCCUGCACCUACUGCGCGGCGCUCAUCAAUUCCAACUCCGUCCCGAUCAAGCAACGGGGACCAGGGGUACCUGCGGAAGAGAACUCAGGAACCCGACAACGCACCUACCUCGAAACCACCAACAUCGGCCAGCCGACCCCAGUCGCGGAAUGCUUCGAGAAGGAGCUCUAUCCCCGCGCUUGGUCAGACAGCAUCCAGGGACCAGGGGUCUCCGGUGCAAGGCGCCCGUGCGACUCGCCAGUCACGGAGGGAGAGCAAUCUUUCUCCUAAACAGGCAUCUCCGGUCGGCAGUCGAGAUAACAGCCCCGCCCCCAGGAAGCGGGUUGUCCGUCUCAAUGCUCCCCCCUCGGCCAACGGUGCAAAUGGAAGUCGCCGAAAUAGUCUGCGGAACUCGUUUUCAUCGUCCACCCGAGCGAAAAGACCAGAUAGCGCAGAGGGCCACAGAACAAAGACCGCUUCUUCCCCUGUUGUACAACAAGACCGCUCAGCCAAGACGCCGGUGCUGCCGGUGAGGACGGUCAGGAUUGCCGUCGGGUCAUCGGGGCAGAAACCAGCGUCUGGGAGCUCGUCUGAUACACGUCCCAAGUACUCCACGCAAUACGCUGAAGUCGAGGGUCGAAACGCUGCUGGAGCCCCAGCUGCGCCCUCCGCCGCCGUGGCCCCGCAGGCUUCGUUGAGGGUGAAGCGAGUUGGAAAAACCCCUGGGAGCUUCCUAUCUGGCCCUGCUCGGCGUGGUCGUCGAAGGCAAAGUGAAGAAGAUGGGGAUGGUCAGUUUGAGGCGGAUGGGUUUGGCUUGGGCCAGGAUAUCGGAAGCCAACAAGCUGAAUCGAGACAGCAGGAAGAGGCUCCAGUUCCCGCUGCCUCCGACUACGCUGAUUUUGCCGCCUCGGGAAGUCCCGUCAGCGCCAGAGAUUCCGCCCGAGACUCUGCUCGAGCCGCUCUUCGCAGGCAUAAAUCUACCUCCCUUCGGGUAUCCAAUCCCCCUCCCUCGGCCUCAAGCCACAGGGGUUCGAACGCAGUCGCGCCCACCAACCCGGGAGCCGUUGAAUCCCACCAAAAAGCCUUUGUCGCCCCAAACAACCACAUCCUCACCGCGAGGUCACAUAACGUCGCUCAGAGACCUGCGCCGCCCCCGCCGCCGAAGAUGUCGGUUGUCGAAACAGCCACUGCUGCAGCCGGCGCCUCCACAGCUGUCCAGUCUAACAAGAAGAGACAAUUCUUGCUUCGUGUCAACGGCAAGACUUACACGAGGAUCGACUCCCUCGGUCGAGGCGGGUCCGGUAAGGUCUACCGCGUCUCGGCCGAAAACGGGAAGCUUCUUGCCCUGAAGCGGGUAUCGCUCGAAAACCUGGACGACAGAACCAUCAAAGGGUACCAUGGCGAGAUCGACCUAUUACAACGGCUAACUGGAGUCAACCGCGUUGCUCAACUCAUUGACCAUGAAUUCAACGCCGAAAAGAAAAAUGCUCAGCCUGGUGUUGGAGGCUGGCCCAAACACUUCAAGCUCGGCAAAGCCAGCGACAUAUGGAGCCUGGGCUGUAUCCUGUAUCAGAUGGUCUACGGGCAGUGCCCGUUUGCGAAAAUCGUCAACAUGAUGGCCCGAGUGAACGCGAUCAAGGACUGGGCUCAUCCGAUCGAGUUCCCCGAACACACGGAGCACGGCGUCCGCGUGCCACCGAGCCUCGUCCGCACCUUGAAAAGGUGUCUCAGCCGCGACCAGACACAGCGGCCGUCCUGUGAAGAGCUGCUUUCUCCGACGGAUCCGUUCCUCUAUCCCAUGGAGCUAUCGAACGACAUCUUUGCUGCCGCCGAUCACGGCAAGGUCAUUCCCAUCACGCCCGAGCUGCUGCGGGAUGUGGUCUGGGAUGUUGCGCAACGCGUCCGCCGCGGCGAUGCGGUCGACAACGAAGUCUUACAGCUGUGGCCAACGGCGUAUUGGGCUAGUUGCAAAAAGUCGUUGGCCAUGCGCAAUGGGUUAAGCGGCGUUACACCUGCUGCCGGAGACCAGCAAUGA